CGAACGAUUAUUCCUUCGAUCAUUCGAUUGUAGGAAUAUCGGUAAAUCCCUUGACUUCGAUAUUCGAAGGAUUUUACUUCGACGGUCGAAUAUCGAGGGUUAAUUAAUUGCAUUUUGCUUCUUGUUCAAAUGCCGUCAUCAACGUUGGGUAGAUAUCAUACAGUAGGUGGGGGAGACGAGGGCUGUUCUUGAACAGAAUACACAAAGUAGUGUCAUUCCAAGCAUACCGAGUCAAAAAAAUUCCUUCUCCUACUUAACACACCUAAUGACGGAAUUCCAUUCCAGACUGGCUAGGUCACUGAGAUGAAACCUCUGUACAGAGUGAAACUCCACCUCCACUCAGAGGAGGCCCUACCUUCUUUCUACUGUCAGAGCUGUGGGGCCGCACCUUUGUGCACUAAUUGAGAGGAAGACUGAGCAUGGGAAUGCAGUCACUCGUGGAGGAAAAAUGACAGACGUGCAGGAGCCACAGACCUCCCUGCUCACUGAUGAGGAGCACUUGGCCAAUGGAUCAGCAUGUAACGAUGUGCGUGUUUCUAUUGUGGAUGGGCCCCAACUCAAUCACAACAGCUCUGGAACCUCCACAUCAAAAAUUCCCAAGUGCAACCACCUAACGUUCUCCUGCACCCCACGUCGCCUGGCUAUCAUGAGCAUAGUGUGCGGCUACUCCUGUGUGGGCAUCAAAGCCUUACUCCUGGCUCUCAAGGCAGAACAUGAAGAAAACCAGCAGUCGUCCAGAUAUCUCUCUAGAAGAUCUCGACGUCUGUCUCUACUCAGUAUUGGCCUAUGUGUGGGAACCCUGGUGUUUUUUCCUCUUCUGCUCAUCUGCUUGUCCUACAUAUUGGCCGUGGCUGAAUGA